UGAGCAGCUGCUGAGCUGCUGUCGAGCAGAGCCGAGUUGAGCUAAGUUGCUCAGUCGCAUUGAGGAGCUCGAAGGGAAUAGUUGAAAAUCCAGCAUCGACAUGAGGUCAAUUAUCAUUUGCUGUGCCCUGCUGAGCCUGGUGCUGCUGAUGCGUGCUAACGGGGCCCAGGCCGCCGACUGUGUGACGGAAGACACUGGCAUUACUGGCUUCUUCAAGACCUUGGGGUGCAAGGUGAAGCAGGGCGCUGAGGAUGUUGCCGAUGCGGCCAAGCCGUAUACCGACAAGAUUGGCGAAGGCGCCAAGGAGCUGGGCAGCUCCGUUGCCCAGAAAUAUGAUGAGCUCAAGCAUCGUCUCACCGAUGAUGCCUCCACACCGAAGACAUCGGUGGCCUACGAUGCGCCCACAGAGCGUGUGCCACUGGCGCCCAUUGCUCCGUCCGUGCCCGCUGAUCUUGUGAGCAGCACUCAGCCGAUUGCUUAAGUUAAGUGAUAUCGUUCCUGUACAAGAUUUAAAGGAUUGUUCUGUUUAUAUCUUUUAAUAUUAAUAUUAUUAUAUUUUUUUUUUUGCUUGCCUUUUAAUUUUUAUAUACCUUGCUGCUCAAUAAAAAAAUAAUCGUAAUUCGAA